GAGUCAGCUAGAGAAAAGCUUUAACAAAAAGCCAAAUAAAAUUAAAAAAGUAUAGUUAGCCAUGGAAGGAGGAGGUAAGCAAGCUCAGCCGGCAGCCAAGGAAGAACCACCAUCGUUGCCGCCAGGGUUUAGGUUCCACCCGACAGACGAAGAACUCAUCACAUACUAUCUGAUCAACAAGAUCGCCGACCAGAAUUUCACUGCACGAGCUAUUGGAGACGUCGAUCUCAACAAAUCCGAGCCGUGGGAUCUUCCUGCAAAGGCAAAAAUGGGAGUGAAAGAGUGGUACUUCUUCAGCCUUCGGGACAGGAAAUAUCCGACGGGAGUGAGGACAAAUCGCGCGACAAACACCGGAUAUUGGAAGACGACGGGAAAGGACAAAGAGAUAUACAACAGCAACGCGUCGACAGAGCUCGUGGGAAUGAAGAAGACAUUGGUCUUCUACAAAGGAAGAGCUCCAAGAGGAGAGAAGUCCAAUUGGGUCAUGCAUGAGUAUCGAAUUCAUUCCAAAUCUCCUUUCAAAUCCACCAAGGACGGGUGGGUGGUGUGUCGAGUGUUUCAAAAGACCGCCGGAGCCAAAAGGUACCAUUCAAGGCCUCCAAAUUCUUUCCAAGACAUGUCCCAAAACCACAUCCAAACCUCAGUAAUCCACCCUCUAAGAAACACCACCACCUAUGCCGCCGCCGCUGCCGCCAUGAUGAACUUUCCGGUGAUGGGCUACAACCUCGCCAGCACCGCCGGAAUCGGCGGAAGUUUCACGGUCUCCGGCUUGAACUUGAAUGUGGGCGGCGGCAUUGCUCCUCCUCAGGUGAUAGUUCCGGGGAUGAGCCUCCAAGAUCAUGUGAUGAGCGGCGGCGGCGGCGGCAAUCACGAGGCUGCCGGAGGGUACGCCGGAGAUAUGCGCAUAGACGAAGAUGAUGAGGAUUUGGAGAACUACUGGCCUUCUUACUGAUGAAUGUAUGGUGAAAUUUAAUUUGUGGGCAAAAAUAUAGUAUUGUGUAUGGAUUUGGUGUUGUCGAGGGGUUGUAGGAAGGAGACAACCAUUGGAGAUGCAAUAAGUAAGGUUUCUUUUUUGGUUUUGGGACUUUUGGAAACUUUGAUUUGUUGUCUUAAUUAGUUGAAGAAGUUAAGCUCUUUAUUUGGCAGGAAAAAGGAUGUACUAAGGUUGCCUUUAUAAUGGACAACUUCCACAUUACUC